CAUGGCGGACCAUUUAUCAAGCGGGCGGAUCAAUGUGUCUUUAAUUCGGGAUGAUGCUCUUCGAUUAUUCUUGGAUUAUCUUGACAAAUGUCCCGGAGCAAAAGCUCUCUUUUGGGAUGAGAAACUGUCUGGUCCUUUUGGCUUGAUUGCAAAAUUUGCACUUUUGAAGGAGCAUGAUGUAGCGGAAAUGUUUCCCGUGAAGCCUAAUUAUUUUCCUUCAGUGGAAGCCCAUAACAUCAUAUUUAUUGUUCGGCCAAAGUUAAAUUUGAUGGACAUCAUUGCUGAUUAUGUGUUAAAAGUGGAAGGCACAAGAAACUCAAAAAAAGAAUUCCACAUACUUUUUGUACCAGGGAAAAAUGUACUGUGUGAAGAAAAGUUAUCUCAACGUGGUGUUUGGGGCAAUUUCACGAACAUCUUUGACUGUAACAUCGAGCUUUUCCCCGUUGAUAGCGAUCUUCUGUCUAUGGAAAUGGAAACAUCGUUCAAAGAAUGCCAUGUAGAGAAUGACUUGACAAGUAUGCACCAUGUCGCAAAAGCACUAAUGACUAUUCAAGCAGUUUAUGGAAUCAUACCAAACAUCUAUGGAAAAGGGAAGUGUGCAAAGCAAGUGUACGAUCUCAUGAGUCGUCUUCGACGGGAAUUGUCUGGUCGAGAACCGCAAACGAGCCCGCAAAUCGACUCUCUCCUCUUGCUCGAUCGCUCCAUAGACCUAAUUUCUGUUUUAGCAACCCAGUUGACUUAUGAGGGAUUGUUGGAUGAAAUCUUUGGUGUACGAAACAAUAUUGUCAAUAUUCCUGAAAAAUCGAAAUCUGCUGAUGGCCAAGCGAUGCCCGAUGAACUAAAAAAGUAUGAGCUGAAGUCUUCAGAGGAAUUGUUUGUGGAGCUGAGGGACAAGAAUUUCAAUGCUGUUGGACCAAUUUUGAGCAAGAAAGCCAAAAAGCUUACAGCUUUGGUGGAUGAAAGGCAUGCAGCAAAAACAAUUCCUGAAGUGAAGCAAUUUGUAACAAAACUGCAGUAUAUACAAGAUGCAAAGAAGUCUCUAGCUACCCACACCACUAUGGCUGAGUUAAUCAAAGAAGUCACAAUUUCUGAACAAUUUCUCAAGUCUUUGCAAACUGAACAAGAAUUUAUGAAUGGCAAUGACACAGAUAAAAUUAAUGCUCACAUUGAAGAUUGUAUAGCCAAACAAGAACCAUUGAUGAAAGUGCUGAGGUUAAUUUGUUUGCAAUCCCUGACAAAUAAUGGACUCAAGCAAAAACAGUUGGAUUAUUACAAGCGAGAAAUUAUUCAGACGUAUGGAUACCAGCAUUGUCUCACAUUGGAUUGUCUAGAAAAAGCAGAUCUUCUGAAACCUCAGGGUAAUCGAACCUAUUCUGUGAUACGCAAGACAUUAGGACUCAUAGAUGAAAAGGUUGAUGAACAGAACCCUACAGAUAUUUCGUACGUCCAUAGUGGCUAUUCUCCUUUGAGCGUGCGCCUUGCACAGUUUCUUUCCCAGCCGGGCUGGAGAGCCAUCCCCGAUGUGCUACAGCUACUUCCUGGUCCCACCGUCGAAGGGGUCCAGAAAGUGCCCCGUGGUCUUCGCAAACGAAGGAGUUCUUCAUCCUCCUUACAGUCAAGUGGCGGUGGAGAUGAACCGAGAGUGACUCUAGUUUUUUUCUUGGGUGGGUGCACGUAUGCUGAAAUUGCUGCCUUGCGAUUCCUCUCUCAGCAAGAAGCAGCUCUUACCGAAUAUUUAAUUGCUACCACAAAACUAGUUAAUGGAAAUACAUUUCUGGAGAACCUACAAGAAGAACUCAAGGCCCCCAGUUGAUGAAAUUCCAGUGUCUAACAGUGAAUUUGUCAUCAAAAGCUAAUUGUGUUGGGUGUUAAUUAAGUCUUGUCCUGAAAAGGAAAUGUAUUUGGAGAAGCAUACUAUAGAUUCAAACAUUAUUUUUCUAUUUUGAUCCUUAUCUCAAAAUUUUUUUCUCAUAACGAUAAUACACUUCUAAGUGUGCAGCUGUUGUAGUUCUGAGGAAGACGAUUCUGAACUUCGAAGCAGGCAUUACAGGGGGUCAGGGUUUGGUUGUAACAGUCGUAAUAUUUAAAUAAACUUUCAUUUUAGAAUUAGUAAUGUAUGUUAAAAACGAAAAGUUCUGAGGUUUUAAUCCUCAAAGCCCCUAACACAUAAGUCACUUCGAUAUUUAUUUUUUGAAGUAUGAUAUUUUCAAUAUAAAAAUUAUAUUAGUCAUAUUAAUAGCAUUCAUUUAUUAUUUUAAGUGACCAAAGUAAUAUUCCAUAUUUAUAUGAUGUA